AUGUCCCAGCCAGAGGCCGAUUUUCGUGCCCAGUUUGGCAACUGGACGUCAAGAAAUAGUACCAGGGGGCCUCAAUUGUCCUCCUGGACAGACUACGUCAGGUCAAGCGCAAACGACCUAUAUGAGUCCCUCCCCACAUACAACAACCCAGCAGUGCCUACUCCACAACAGGAACCUUCAUGGUUUAAAUUGAGCAGGUUUGAGAAGAUCGUUGGCUUUGGAUGCUGCUUAGCUGCUUCCAUCUUCUGCUUCGUCUUCAGUUUCUUCAUUUUCCCCGUGCUUGCGCUCAAUCCAAGAAAGUUUGCUUUGCUUUGGACUAUGGGAUCCUUUUUAUUCGUCAUUUCCUUUGGCAUUUUGCAAGGCCCUUACUCAUACAUUAGACACCUCACAAGCCGAGAUAGGUUUGUAUUCUCCGGCAUUUUUUUCGGUUCUGUCUUCCUCACCAUGUACUGUGCUCUCAUUCUUCAGAGUACCAUAUUGACCCUCAUUGCCAGUAUUGUGGAGGUCAUUGCAAUUGCAUACUACAUCAUAAGCUACUUUCCCUUCGGUGCCACUACCUUGACGUGGUUCACAAGCUACAUGGUCGGCUACUUUGGUGGAUUCUUCUCCGCCUUAUUCUGA